AUGGCGGCGUCACCUCAGCCGACCCCCAUCCCCCAGGUCGGGAAGCUCGUCAGUGUGGUACCUGUCGGUCUUAAAGAAGCGGCCCUCGAUUCCCCGACGUUUCGUGCGACUACGGUACACUUCGCCGAUCAGAUCGAGUACGUUGAAAGAUGGCUGGACGGCUACGCAAAGGCAGCUGGCAAGCUCGCAUCAGAGCUUACGGUUUUUGAGCAGUCGAUGACAUCCUUUAUGUCUUUCAUGAUCAAUUCUCUCAACGUCUCCGAGGCUGUCAUCGACCAUGACUAUACCCUGUUGGCUGUGAAACGAAGUGGAGACUGUUUGAAGGAUACAUGGGGAUCACUUUUAGGGUCUAUCAGGAAAGCGGAUCGUUUGGUUGUAGACCCGAUCAAGAAUUUUAUCCAAGGAGAUUUACGUACCUUCAAAGAGACUCGUCGUACAUUGGAGCACACCCAGAGGAAUUAUGACCAUCUCCUAUCGAGAUAUUCCGGACAAGCAAAACAGAAAGAGCCAUCUGCUUUAAGGGAAGAUGCGUUCCAACUACAUGAAGCUCGCAAAGCUUACCUUAAAGCCUCCUUGGAUUUCUCAAUUCAAGCGCCGCAAGUACGCAACACAUUGGACAAGCUCUUGGUGAAGAUAUCGUUCGACCAAUGGCGGGAGACAAAAUUAAUUCAUGAUCAUAACAUCACAAACUUUCCAAAGUGGGGUCAGGAUAUGGACCGUAUCAAGGGCUGGGUACAUGAGAUGGAAAACAGUGAGAGGUAUUCUCUCAAGGAAUUGUUAUCUGCUCGCAAACAAAUCGAAGAUGCAGCGGAAUUAGCGACGAGACCUUCACGUGAAUUAGAUGACUAUUCUGUCUCUACUGUUCCUUAUCUUGGACAAACACUUUCGAUUAAAUCCACCGGCGAGAAACCUUCGAAAGCAGAGAAACAGGGCUGGGUUUAUUUGAGAACAACUACCGGUAAACCUACGAGGACAGUAUGGGUUCAUCGUUGGGCUUUCUUGAAGAAUGGUAUAUUCGGAUGCUUGGUACAAAGCUCAAGGACUGGUGGUGUCGAGGAAACAGAACGUAUUGGUGUUUUACUCUGCAACAUUCGUCCCGCAUUCCAGGAAGAGCGGAGAUUUUGCUUCGAGGUCAAGACUAAGAAAAAUACCAUUAUGCUACAAGCUGAAAAUCAGAAAGACUUGAUGGAAUGGAUCGGUGUCUUUGAAGCAGCGAAGCAAAAGGCACUAGAAAAUCCAGCAAGCUCAGUUGCUGGGAAGCUCGUUGUUCAAGAUCCUGCUUUCUCUAUUUCUCAACCUCCAGCUCCCGAGUUUACAUCUGAUAGCACUGAGUUCUUGACUUCCAAUGCUGGAGACGAUCCAUCCAAUCUGGAACGCACACCAACAUUGCCUGUUCCUGACCGCGAUCCGUCGUCAGUCAGAGCCAGCGGUGAUUUUGCUAAUUCUGCUAGACGUAUACCAGGGCUCGAUGGCGAGGCAGGCAGCGGCAGAGAUCAUGCAUCGCGGAUCAUUCAGAAAUUUGACAUUCACCGGAAAUCGACUUCGCCAGUUGCAGGGUCUCCUAUAGGUGGUAGUAGCGGCGGCAUUGCAAGUCUCAUCACAGCCAGCCACAGUCUGCUACCGUACAGCCCUGCUACCGUUUUAACGCGGUCGCAAGCAGAAAUUGAUGCCAGCCAACUCGGCCGUGACGACCAGGCAACCACUCUUGCACCUAGUACCUUGGCAAAUCCACCAGCUCCGACUAGUAUGAGCAAGGUUGCGGUUGCCGUGAGCAAUGAACGUGGUAUUGGUGUAGGACUUGCAGAUUCUACAGGGGGCAUGCCUAGUGGGAUGAUGGCCAACCUCUGGGGUAGUGCGAACUGGGGAUUUGUGAACACAUUCCAUACUGAAGGAAUUCGACUACGUGACCCGAAAGCCUCCAGCGAGGAGAGGGCUUCAGCGGCUUCGUCGAACACGGUGGUCGACGAUUCUAAAGCUUCUGCAGCUGCACCAUCAACCACGCGACCCGCAGCUGCUCGACAUAGACAAACAGUCAGUCUUGACGGAGAUGCUAGCAAGCUACAGAGAUCCGUCAUUGGCCUCACCCAUGAAUAUCCCAGUUACUACCCUCAACAGCUGCGUUUUCAAGACGCCCAAUUUCGGCUUCUGUUCCCUCACGUCAAAAGGGAGGAAAGCCUUGUUAUGGUCUUCAGAGCGACUUGGAAUCCCAACGACAAUCAGGAGUUCCCUGGUCGUGCUUUUGUGACAACUCAAAACCUAUACUUCUAUAGUCACCAUUUCGGACUCGUCCUGACAGCAAGCCAACCACUUGAUAGCGUAUCCGAAGUGACUGCUGCAAGCGGAAGAGACUGCGAUUUCUUGUUUCUCCACAUAGUCCCCAUGCCCGGCACUGAGACUCAACGCCGUGUGACAGUAAAGACGUUCCUCGAGCCCUUACGAUUAUUACAAAAGAGACUGAAUUACAUGAUCAAGGUAGCUACGUCAGAGGAGCCGACGGACUUAGAAACGAUUUUUAAAGCAUUGGUGAAAAUGGAGACCGAUUCUCUACCCAGAUCAGUCAGCUUGGAUAGCUGGGAAGAUGUAUCCUUGGACGUCCCAACAGAUAGCCGAGCGUCUCGUUCUGGUACAGGUGGUUACAAGGAUCUCAAGGCCCCGGUAUAUGUGGAGAAAGACUUGAGCGCGGAUUUUGAAAGAGCCGGUAACGGCAGAGACAUUCAAAAGUUCAAAUUGCCAAAUCAGCCGGUCCAAUAUGUACCACAAGGCAACUUGCAUGUUGCUGCUGAAAAGGUAUUUGAUAUCAGCUCCAAGGCCCUCUUCCACGUCCUUUUCGGUGAUAAGAGCGUGUUGUGGCAGUCUUUAUUACACGAAAGAAUGGCGUCAGAUAUCAAGCAAGGGCCAUGGAGAACUCUGGACUCCGGACACAUGAGACGGGACUUUGAUUAUUUCAUUGAGAGGAAUGACCUAUUUGGGCGAUUGAUCAAGACGAGAGUCUCGGACUACCAAAUCAUUGAUGUCCUUAAUGAUCAUCUUUGCUAUGUCGUUACAGAUAAACGGACACCAUGGCACCUACCCUUCCGGCGAAAUUUUAGACUCGUCAGCAAAAUUGUUGUCACCUACAUUUCAAAGUCCAAGUGCAAGCUGGCCAUCUACACCAAGGUUGAAUGGCUGUGGUCGCCUUACGUUUUGAAGAGUAUUAUUGACCGGCAGGCAAUGAACGAUCUAGAGCAAGAUGCUUUAGAUUUAGUAGACUUGAUCAGUGAUCAGGUCCGGAAACUGGGUCCUCGCAGUCGAACCAAGCGGGCUAUCACCAUUUUUGGCUUGAUUGGGCAUGAAAAAGGUGUAUUUCAAUACUCCACAGCGGACGCACGAGCUAUCACGCAGGCACACAAAUCCCGGAAACAACGCUCGCUGACAUACUUGAUCUUUGAAUCUACGGUUUCCUUUUUAGAGAGUGCAGUCUCGGCUCUGAUGAUGUGGUUCUUGGCCCUUGUACGGUGGAUAUGGAAAACUUGCAACGCUCAUAGUCUGAUUCUUGUAUUAUUGGGCUCAAGUCUACUGAUCAAUGGCUUUUAUUCAACACGCGAUACAUAUGAGUGGUGGCAUGAACGCAAAGCUACCAGUCUCCUUACUCGGCUGGGCGUUCAUUCCGAUAAUUUCAUGAGCAAAGCGAUAUAUGUCAGAGACCUUGAAGAUGCCAUAGCUUACGCUGAUUCUGCGUGGGCAAGAGGUCCUGAUAGCAAUUCCAGCUACUGCUUCUCGACAUUCCAUGAGCAGAUGAUGUUCAACAACGACAAUCCGCUAUCUUUCUCAUCAAAAUACCCGACAGACGAUUACGUGGAGUGGAACGCCAACCGACGUCUGCGGGCUACUCGCCAACGACUCGGUACAUAUCGACACGACCUGGUCGUUGCGCUGCGAGUCGUGAACAGAAUCGAAAAUGAAGUACUGAAAGGCGAAUGGGAACGAUGGCUUGAAAGAGAGACGUCGCGAUGCGAUCGAGUUUCGGGGAUCUUGGAAAGCCAAGUAGGUGAUCGUGAGAAGAACGAAAGCGUUCUUUCUGGUCAUGAGCAGGAUGUGAAACGGUGGUACGACCAGUAUUGCUCCAGUUGCCAUGAGGAAUUGCAGCAGUUGGAAUCGUCGCUUGUUUAACUUUUCGGAACUCAUCCCCACCGGUUUUUCUUUUCUGUACAGCCAUUUCCCCGGAGUCUUCUCUGCUUCUAGAUAACCCCGUCGGCAUCAUUUGUACAUAUAUCUGUGUAUCCCUUGUAAUAAUUGCUGAAAUAUAACAACAAUUCUGGACAUAUCCACAAAUGUGCAGACUGCCAUGGCAAUGGCGCAUGUAUCCACGCUGGUAAUCGAGAUUCGCCGUCUAGUA